UGAUUGGUCUUUGUAGCCUAUCAGGUAAUGCUAAGUCACGUGACGUGUGUCAAUUUCGCCGAGUUAUCAACAACAGAAAUGGCUACAGGUGAACCGAGAGCGGUGGGCAGGGCUUUAAAUAGCCAACGACUGUUUUCCUGGGGAGCCAAUAGCUAUGGACAGCUUGGAUUAGGCCAUUGUACUGACAAAUCAAUACCAGAGGAAAUAAACCUUUCUGAAGAUUUUGGUAAUGUUUCAUCUGUGAGUGGGGGAGGUGGACAUACCCUUGUUCUGACAGGUAAAGAUUUUGGUAAUGUUUCAUCUGUGAGUGGGGGAGGUGGACAUACCCUUGUUCUGACAGGUAAAGAUUUUGGUAAUGUUUCAUCUGUGAGUGGGGGAGGUGGACAUACCCUUGUUCUGACAGGUAAAGAUUUUGGUAAUGUUUCAUCUGUGAGUGGGGGAGGUGGACAUACCCUUGUUCUGACAGAUAAUGGAAAAUUGUUUGUGUGUGGUUCAAAUGACAAAGGUCAACUAGGAUUAGGAUCAACAGAAGACAAGACAGUGCUGACACCUGUUGGAUCAAUGGAAAGGGAGAUAAUAACUAAAGUUGUUGGUGGCUGGGACUUUACUUUAAUGUUAAAUGAUAAAGGAAUAAUUUUUGUAACAGGAUCAAAUAAAUUUAACCAAUUGGGAUUACCAGAUAUCACAGAGAAAUAUAUCACUACUCCAGUUAGAAUGUUUUUACCAGGGAAUCCUGUAGUCCUAGACAUAGAAGCAGGAUUACGUCAUGGUAUUGCGCUAACAGAUACUGGACAGGUAUAUAUCUGGGGGAGUAGAAAGUCAAGUAAAUACAAAACGGGUGCCGUACCUACCAUCGUUCACCUACCUGAAGACACAAAAGGCAUGGUUACCAAGAUUACAGCAGGGUCAUAUUUCUUCUCAGCUUUGACAGAUCAUGGUGAGAUUAUAAGUUGGGGUGAUAACACUUAUGGACAAUUGUCAAAAAAUAAGGUCAUACAGCAACCGUAUCUAGUACCAACCACGUUCUUCAAGGGCAAGGUCACAGACAUACAGGCUGGAUGGACACAUAUGCUGGCAUUAACAGAUCAAAAGAAGAUUUACAGUUGGGGAAGGGGAAACUAUGGACAGCUAGGCAGAGCAGUUGACCUUGACCCGUCACCACAAGUAAUUGGUUGCCAUGACAACAUAGCAUGUGUACGAUGUGGAUCAGAACACAAUCUUGCAUUAACAGAUAAAGGGAGACUACUAACAUGGGGAUGGAAUGAACAUGGAUUAUGUGGGAAUGGAAAUGAAGACAAUGUGAUGACUCCUUCUCUGGUGGACAAAUUAAAUGGUUACAUGAUUAAAACUAUCGGAUGUGGUGCUGGACAUUCAUUUUUAUUAGUUUAUCCAACGUGAUGUAAAAUAAAGUUUCAUGUUGACCUCUA